AUGGCGGAUAGCGAAAGUGAUUCGAGUUCUGUCGAUGGAGGACCUAUUAUGAUGCCUCCAUCGCCCAUAACUCGAGAACAAUUGCAAAAAAGAAUUGAAUCGUUGCAACAACAAAACAGAGUUUUAAAAGUAGAAUUAGAAACUUACAAAUUACGAGUUAAAUGCUUACAAGAGGAAAAUCAUUCUCUACGUCAAGCUUCUGUUAUAAUUGUAAGUAGUUUUAUUAUUAUACCAAAUCAAGGAUAUUUGCAUAAAGAAAUUUCUCGGCCAUUUAAAAUAGGUCAAGCGAAAGCUGAACAAGAAGAAGAAUUCAUAAGCAAUACAUUGCUUAAAAAAAUUCAAGCUCUUAAAAAGGAAAAAGAAACAUUGGCUCAUCAUUAUGAACAAGAAGAAGAAUGUCUUACAAAUGAUUUGUCUAGAAAAUUAAAUCAAUUAAGACAAGAAAAAUGUAGGUUGGAACAAACUCUUGAACAAGAGCAAGAAUGUCUUGUAAAUAAAUUAAUGAGAAAAAUAGAAAAGUUAGAAGCUGAAACAUUAACCAAACAGACUAAUUUGGAACAGUUGAGAAGGGAAAAAGUCGAAUUGGAAAACACAUUAGAACAAGAACAGGAAGCAUUAGUUAAUAAAUUAUGGAAAAGAAUGGACAAACUCGAAGCUGAAAAAAGAAUGUUACAAAUAAAAUUGGAUCAACCGGUGUCCGAUCCAGCAUCACCCCGUGAUAUAAAUAACGGUGACGCGGCAGCCAAUCUUUCGACACACAUAAAAACUCUCAGGAGCGAAGUGACCCGUUUACGUUCCAAACUUGCAAACAUACAACAGGAACAAAAGGAAAAAAUGCAAAAAUACGUCAACGAAGAAAAGCACAUUCGAGAGGAAAAUUUGAGAUUGCAAAGGAAAUUACAAUUGGAAGUCGAGAGAAGGGAAGCUCUCUGCAGGCAAUUGUCUACUACUAACGUAAUUUUGGAAAUGGAAGAAGAAAGGCAUUUUAAUGAGGUAGUUAGUUCCGGGGGCAACGUCCGGCCAAGAGGUGUUUCCAGUCCGAUUCCGUAUAAUCCUAGCCCAAGUUCUUCAAGGCCUUUAAGUCCAGGUUCGACUAGUCGGUGUUAUGCAUGCGGUCAAUCCGUAGGUUUGGGCCCCCAACUUGCCGCUGCUCAAGGCGAAGCCCAUUCGGUUUCCUUAAACAGAUCCAUAAGUCCGCCCGUAAGUGAUUCUUUUUUUUUUUACGACUAUUGUCACGGUGUGACGUCACGCACCCCGUCGCGCGCGAAUCACUUUUUGAUUUAUCAUUUAAUAUUUUCAGAGAGGGCAAACGCAUCGGAAUUCAAUGGAAUUUACGAAGCCAUCAACGCAAUCACAACAACCAAAUCCCUCGUCGUCGGCUCCUCCCGUCAUCGAACACGCUUCUCCAAUGGACAUUGCUAA